AUGUGGGAGUUCCGGUCCAUGUCGUUCUGGCGGGCGGUGUUCGCUGAGUUCUAUGGCACCAUGUUCUUUGUGUUCUUUGGUCUGGGGGCGGCUCUGCGCUGGACCACCGGGUCCCACAACGUUCUCCACGUGGCUUUCUGCUUCGGCCUGGCCGCUGCCACCCUCAUCCAGUCCAUCGGUCACAUCAGUGGUGGACACAUCAACCCGGCUGUCACCUUUGCCUACUUGAUUGGCUCCCAGAUGUCCCUGUUCCGCGCUGUCUUCUACAUCGUGGCCCAGUGUCUGGGGGCGCUGGCUGGGGCCGCUGUGCUCUACUCGGUCACCCCCAACAACAUGAGGGGCAACCUGGCACUCAACAUGCUGCAGCCAGGUAUCAGCCUGGGCAUGGCCACAACCGUGGAGGUGUUCCUCACCCUGCAGCUGGUUGUCUGCAUCUUCGCUGUGACCGACGAGAGGCGUAACGGACGCCUGGGCUCUGCCGCCCUGGCCAUCGGCUUCUCUGUUCUCAUAGGACAUCUGUUUGGGAUGUACUAUACUGGUACUGGAAUGAACCCUGCCAGGUCCUUCGCCCCCGCUGUGCUGGUCAGAAAAUUUGUCAACCACUGGGUGUACUGGAUGGGUCCGAUGAUUGGCGGUGCUAUGGGAGCUAUUAUCUAUGAUUUCAUGCUGUUCCCCCGCAUGCGCAGUCUCUCUGAGAGGAUGGCCAUCCUGAAGGGUACCAGGCCCCCAGAGGCUGAGAGCCAGCAAGACGCCAGAGGAGAGCCCAUCGAGCUCAAGACUCAGGCCCUAUAAGCCUGGUGAAAAGGGUUGGCUUUCUGAACUCCAUAUUCCCCUAUUCUGUACACAAACCUCCUCCGAACCCUCAACCCUACCCAACACACAUACACACACAUUUCUCUUCCUCUCUAACCCACACACCCACAUAGUACACACAGACCACCACGACAACUCCAACCUUUCUCACCCUCCUCAUCCUUACUCUGCUGAUCCAGAAACAGUACAUGCUGAAUUACUGGGCAGCCAAAGCUAUAACCCUCCUCCGACCUGUGAACUAUGACCCCCUCCCCUCCUUGGACUGCAGGACAAAGAUGGAGGGUAAGAAGAGGACUUGAAGUGGCCACUGAAGAAAGCACCCUGUGCGGCCUGUUGUGUAGGGAGUGGGUCAGUCCUGGCUGACCAGGUGGCUGUAACUGCUCAGGACAGGGGCAUCUCUCUCUCUCUUCUUUUCUAUCUAUAUUUUGUAGUCUGCUAGGAGUGUAGCUACAGUAGAGCAGUGAACUUCAUGCUAUUUCCAUUUUUUUAUGAAACUUCUGGUACCUGAUGUGUAUGUUAUUAUUAUGCCCUUGAAGAAUUUCUAGGGAUUUUUUUCAACUCUAGUUAUAUUUUCAAGUCAUGCGUUGUGUUGUUUGUGCGUGUUUUAGGAGACCAUUGUUAUUAUUAUUUAUUUUUUUCAUGAACAAUUCCUUUGUUCGUCAUCAUGCUGUUUUACAGUACGUAGUUUACCUUUAUUUAACUAGGCAAGUCAGUUAAGAACAAAUUCUUAUUUACAAUGACAACCUACGGGGGAACAGUGGGUUGACUGUUCAGUGACACAACAACAGAUUGUACCUUGUUAGACUGCAGCCUAUUCUAAGGGAAAGAAGCAUCUUUUGUCCCCCUCUUCCUCAAUGAAAGUUCUGAUUCAUUACUAGCAAAAUAUUUAGAGUGCUCCCCUUUUGUCCAAAAGCCCUUCAAUUUUUAGCUGUCUUUUUAAAAAUUGUUCUGUCUAAUUGUAGACUGUCUCUUCUAGGGGAGCACAAACAGUCAGAUUUAUAUGAAAAUUAACACACACAAAAACUCAAUCUCCAUUUCUAUUUAAACACAUUAUCUUGAAAUGGUAUAUUAUUUUUCAUUUAGUAUUACAAAAUUUCACUUCUUUGACCUGAUGUCUCUCAACUUUGACUUUUUACAGCCAUGAUAAGUGCCUGAAGACAUAAAAGGGUUUCUACUGUAUGCAGUUCAGUACCAGUAUUAUCUGUGCCAGACUGUUAUGUUUUACUCUGUUUCUGGAAUGCUGGGGGUUUUUCAUUAAAGGUUUUGCUGUUACAGCGGUUUCAUGUACAGGCGUGUGAUAGCUGGAUUGGCUUUUAUUUUGUGUCAUUUUACUCAAUAACAAAAAAAAUCAAACCCUGA